AUGAGUGACGACAAGAGGGAUCUCUUGCGGUUCGCCGGCGAGUAUGCCGAGAAACACUUGGAUCUGUACCAUCUCCUCGGCGUCGACGCCUUGACGCCCAAGGAGGACGUGCAUCGCGCCUGGAGGAAGAGGUCUCUGAAAUACCACCCGGACAAGGCUGGCGACGAUUUCGACGCGGAACAAUGGGAGCUCUUCGAGCGGGCAAGGGACAUUCUUUCGGAUCCCAACGCGCGGGCAGUCUACGAUCAAGCGAGCAAGGCCAAGCUGCUCCGCAAGCAGGAGCGCGAGGCAAUGGACAGGGAGCACAAGAAGUUUGCCGAUGACCUCGAGGCGCGAGAAGAGGCGCACAGGAAAAUGAGAGAGCACAAGGACGAGAGUGACCGGGUGAUGCUGGAAAAGGAGCGGGAGAGGCUGGCCGCGCAGCAGCGUAUGCGGGACGAGGAGGUCGAGAGACAGGCUGCGGCCGCCCAGGAAAUGGAGGAUCUCGCAGAGGCAAGACGAAGAUUGAAAGAGAAGAAGGACGAGAAGGCGCGGAGGAAGCUGGCCAAGGAAAGCAUCAAGGCGACGUUGGGCUCGACCGGAAAGGGAACCGGACCGGCCAAUGGCGCCAUCGACAUUCCCGGAGACUAUGUCGCUGACCCAGGGAUGAACAAGCCGUACUGGGAGCUUGUCUGCGACAAACUACGUGCCGUGCAAGCCGUCAGGAACUUGCAGAAGCAGGAAUACUCAAAGGAAAUGCUACAGGAGGCUGAGGGCGUGGUCCAUCAAGCUCGGCAGAGGAUUCGCGAGGCGGAGCUCCAAUAUCAGCGGGCAAAGCCGAUUGCUUAA